AUGAAGUUCUCUCUGAUCUCAAUAUUUGGUCUCAUAUCAAUCUCUUUUGCUCUUCCAGUCGACAAUAUAGAGCGAGAUGAACCAAUUGGAGAAAGAGCCGCAGCUCCAACAGUAACGAUUGCAUCCCCGGCAGCCACAAUAAUUGGAGGUUCUGGCACAACUGUCGAAACCUUCGCUGGUAUUCCAUUUGCCAAACCUCCUGUUGGUGCUCUUCGAUUAAAACCACCUCAACCCAUUACCUCUGCCUUAGGAAUUGUGAAAGCAACAACACAAGCAGCUUCUUGUCCCCAAUUCUUCUUUAGUGAUACAAUUAAUGGUGCAAUCCCUACAUCUGCACUCGGUCUCCUUCUCAAUACACCUAUUUUUCAACAAGUUCUCAAUGCCGGUGAAGAUUGUCUGUAUUUAAAUAUCCAAAGACCAGCUGGUACUACUGCUUCAUCCAAGUUGCCAGUUUUGUUUUGGAUAUUUGGAGGAGGAUUUGAGUUAGGAGGGACUUCAAUGUAUGAUGGAUCUUCUUGGGUAGCUGAAAGUGUUGCGGAGGGUAAACCAAUUAUAUUUGUGGCGGUGGCAUAUCGAGUUGGUGGAUUUGGAUUUUUACCGGGCGCAGAGAUUUUGGCUGAUGGGAGUGCAAACUUGGGAUUAUUAGAUCAGAGAUUGGGCUUAGAGUGGGUCGCUGACAAUAUUGCUGCAUUCGGUGGAGACCCAACCAAGGUUACCAUUUGGGGAGAGUCAGCUGGCGCAAUUUCGGUCUUCGACCAAAUGGUUUUGUAUGGAGGUGACAACACAUACAAAGGUAAAUCUUUAUUCCGCGGAGCCAUUAUGAAUUCAGGAAGUUUGAUCCCAGCCGAUCCCGUCGAUUGUCCCAAAGGUCAAAUUGUCUACGACACAGUCGUAGCUUCAGCAGGAUGUUCAGCCGCAAGCGAUACUCUGGCCUGCUUACGAGGAGUAUCUUAUCAAACUCUUCUUCAUGCAACCAACUCCGUACCAGGAUUACUGAGCUAUUCAUCCGUGGCACUUUCCUAUCUCCCACGACCAGAUGGUACCGCUCUUACCAAAUCCCCCGAUCUUCUUCUCUCAUCCGGAGCAUGGGCAAAAGUGCCCUUUAUAAUCGGAGAUCAAGAAGACGAAGGAACAAUCUUCGCACUCUUCCAAUCCAAUAUCUCUACAACCGCCCAACUAGCAACCUAUCUCUCGGAUUUCUUUUUUCACAAUGCUCCCGCCUCUGUUAUUACUGGUCUCCUCGACACCUACCCCAACAAUUUCAUCUCCGGCUCCCCUUUCCGAACCCUCUUACUAAAUAACUGGUACCCACAAUUCAAGCGUCUAGCCGCCAUCCUCGGCGACCUAACCUUCACCCUAACCCGUCGCGCCUUCCUCCAAACCGCCCUCAAAGUUGCACCCACCGUCCCCUCCUGGUCCUACCUCUCCUCCUACGACUACGGCACCCCUAUCCUGGGUACCUUCCACGGCUCAGACAUCUUACAGGUCUUCAAUGGUAUCCGUCCGGAUUAUGCGGCGAGGGCUAGUAAAGCUUAUUAUUUGAGUUUUGUUAAUACGCUAAAUCCGAAUAAUGGGACGAGUAAGGCGUAUGCGGAGUGGCCGCAGUGGAGUAGGGGGAAGCAGUUGUUGAAUUUAUAUGCGGAUUUUGGGGGGUUUAUUGGGGAUGAUUUUAGGGGGGCGAGCUUUGAUUAUGUGGUGAAGAAUUUGGGGAGUUUUUACAUUUGA